CUGAGACCUCCUAAUAAUUGUGUUAGCCAGCAAAAUCAGUUGCCCGUAGGAAACGGAGAAACACUCAGAGUGGAAUGAGCUUGGGGAACAAACAAAUUCCUUGCAACUGUUGCCUUUUUCUGUGAAACAGGAAAAAAUCAUGAUUCUAUGGAUUUCAUUAAGGACUUCUCUGGUGAAGUGUUGUUAUCUCUGGGAUAUCACCUGGGCCUGGUGUACUAUAAUCACAUCUCCUCAACUGCUGCCCAGACAACAGCUGAGAGUGACAAGGCCUGUGUAAAUGCAGAGGGAAAACAGGGGAGACAUCAAAAUAAUCUGGUGUAGAAAGGCAUGGAGAGCAGCACUCUUUCUCGGUCUCUGGUCCUAUCUGUGUCUCUUUUCGGUAAUGCUUUCUAGAUGUGGAAAGGCGUUUAUGCGGGCUGCUACAGACGUUACACGUUAGUCAGGCCUUGGGGUUUGCGUGGGCAUACAAAGAGUUAGCCAACACUUUUCCCUCUGCUCGUACCCCAGGUAAACUCAGACCUUCCAAAGCUCAUCACCCUUUUCUAGGCGCUUUUCAGUCUGGCCUGAUUCACUCAGAAUCCGCCCUGAGUUACGUGUUUGUCUCCAGCAGUAUUUGGGCAGAGGGUGGCUAUGGAGAAAGGAAAAGGCCUGGCUUCCUUGGGGAAUCAGUUCUGUGCAGGUGACACAGUCAGUGAAGCAAAAAGACAUGUGAAAGCCAGUAAGUGAAAAUGGGUGCUCAGCACUGACAUAAAAAGCCACUAGACUGGCCUAUAAACAACAUGUUUAACUAUCUAUGAGUCUUUACAAUCCCAUGUCUGUGGGACAGAGCUUUAUUCUUGGUGUGUUGGGGAAAUUACGUUAUCACUGUGUUUCCAACGUGCCUCUCAGCUUCGAGCUCCCAUUCCAUCCCAUAAAGAGGUGACAAACGGUGGAUACCAUCUAGUCAAGAUGUUAGCAACUCAUGUGGAAUGGAUUUGCUUGUCUCAGUCCCGUUCCUUAUGUGUCUCUCCACAGCUGGCAGCCCCUAGCAAACAUCAAGGCCGAAGACAGACUGGGUCUCAGAAAACAAGCUUUCCAUUCCUGAAUGAGACCCUGUCGCACCAGUGUAAGCUGUGCCACCAGGCUCGUUACAGGGAUACAUUCAUGGUCCGUGACCUGUGGAUCAGACUCGGUGAAUUGAUAGUCCUCUGGCUGGAGUCACGGAGAAGCUACACAGCCCAUGCCCAGGGAAGUGCCUGGGAUCAGGUAACUUGCUGGGAAAAUGUGUUAUUUUAUCACUGGCCAUUGUGAGGUAGCUGGGACAGACAUGUUGGAAAGAGCAAGCUGGACGUCCCCGAGAUUUCCCUAGCAAUGGUGACCACCCUGUAAAAGGGGACCAGGCAAAUAGUGCUGGGGAGCCGUCAACUCUGCAAAGAAUGUUUGAUCCCGGCAUUUUCAUCGUCCCAGCUCUAAUCUCUGACAAUGGAUCUGGGUUAUUCAAAGGUACUGCGGGUGACAGCGGCCCAAGGUCUGUUUUUGCAGCAUUUGUUGGUCACUCAAAAGUCAAAACUACAAUGCUGGAAGCUGGACAAAAAGGAUGUUACAUUGGAGACGUAGCUCAGUCCAAAAGAGGGGUCUUCUUGUUGAACUAUCCAACGGACCGCGGCAUAGUUACAUGCUGGGGUGAUACGGAAAGGAUCUGGAGACAUGCCUAUGAGUAUGAGCUGAGAAUCAAAGCCAGUGAAAGGACAGUGCUGCGGAGUGAAGCCCACAAUCCUCUGCAGAACUGGAUAAAAACUACAGAGAUCCUGUUCGAAGGCUUCGUGGUGUCAACUAUGUAUGUUGCAGCCCAGGCGACCCUGGCGCUCUGUGCAUCGGCCCGUAUUACUGGAAUGGUCAUGGACAGCGGGGACAGUGCUACCCAUGCUGUCCCCGUACAUGAAGGAUACUGUUUACCCCAUGCUGUCUCCAGGCUGGAUUUUGCUGCCUGGGAUAUCCCCAAAUAUUUUAUGAAGCUUCUUUUGGAGAGUGGACGCACUUUUGCGAGCACAGCUGGAAGGCAAAUUGUGGGAGAUAUCAAAGAGAAGUUGUGCUACGUCGCUUUAGACCCCACCCAAGAAAUUAAAGCAAAGCCAGAAGAAAUGAUGAAAGAGUACAUAUUGCCUGACAACAAUAUCAUCCAGAUGGGCAACCAGCUCUUCUGUGCACCAGAGGCCCUUCUCGUGCCUGCAAGCACUGGAGUUGAAGCUCCCAAUGUGCACAAAAUGAUCUUCAACAGCAUCACGAAGCGUGACAUCGAUGUGUGCAAGAAUCUGUCCGGCAACAUCCUGCUCUCUGGUGGCUUGCUCUUCCGGGGCCUGGAGGAGUGGAUCCUGAAGGAGAUGAAGCUGCACGUUUGUGAGGAUCAUUGCACGCCCGAGAAAAAGUACUUUGUGUGGACUGGGGCUUCCAUCCUCACCUGCCUGGCAUCUUUCAAACCUUGGGUCACCGUGAGGGACUACAAGGACUUUGGGGCCGCUGUCAUUCACCAGAAAUGUUUUUAAGGAGAAUGUCGGACCAAGUGAAUGGCUUGCUACAGCAGUGCAUGAGCAAGAAGCCCUGCUGAGAGCUGACUGACCCAAAAAGCACUACAGCUGUUUGUGCAUUUACUGGCUGGCAAAACCAGUAUGAAAAUAAAAUAUUAAAAACAUUGGUAACGAGGUUCAUCUCCCUUCCCCCUCCCCUCUGCAGAGUUACAGGUGUGCGCAUAUCACAGGGAUGCAGUAACUCCUUAACUGACUCGCAGCCUGCCUCGGAGUCGUACAGGGAGUAGCACACAUCCUCUGCUGGGAGAUUCUUCCCUCUAAGGUCUCUGAGAUAGCUGGGUUUUGUAUUCUAAAACUAGCUCUCACGUUAUUUUUGCCCUCAUUAAAAAUGUUUCCUUUAGAAACCCAGCAAAACCCCAAACAGAAUCCAAAUAUAAAUCAAUGCAAAUGCAAUUACUGUAACCGACCCUCCUCUGUGCCUGAGGGUCUGAAAAAAUCCAUUGAUUCUCUGCUGUAAUUUAUCUGGGAAGUAAGAACACCCAGUUUCACUUCCAAGUACUAGCCCUGAAUCAAAAUGCUCCACGCUGCCGGCUCCCUGGAGGAAGCGGCGCUGCCGGUGCAGCUGCAGAGGACUGAGCUCAGCCGAGUGGUGCCUCGGGGGAUCUAGAGCGUUUCACCAAGCUCUGUGCCAGCUCCAACCCGUGCAGGGCGUCUGAU